AUGUACCUACACAACAGAAUGUACAGGGCAAGUCGACUCAAAGGUGUAGACCUACCAGUGACAGUAUAAAACAGCGAAACACUCAGUGUAGGGGGUUGGGUUAUUUAAGGCGGUUCUACACAGCAUUUUCACCAAUCACUGUGGUCAGAUUGACUGAGCGACUGUCAUCGGUCCAGCUGAGGGGAAGAGAGAGAGUACGGUGGAACGGGGAUAGAAGUUUGAGCAGACUAAGGAAACUUUGACAGCAGACCCGACAUUAUCCAACUUGUAAUGUAUUUGUAGGCUAAAGCCUGUGUAUUGUACCUUUAGUUAAUCGGUGAAUAAAUAGGCUGUACAAUCCUUGGCAGUGUUCUGAGACUGUACAGCUGCCAACUGCUUCUGAAGGACAACUUGUUUAUGAAAUGGACUGUGCGUAAAGAGCAAUUUCAUUUUCUCAAUUUGACUUUCAACAUUGCGUCUUACGUUGCUUUAAAAUUGUUGAGAAAGUGGACUGGAGUCGGGACUUUCGGGGAAAUUCCAUUUGUUACUAAACUUUGCAAAAGAAAACAUGACUGCCGAUAAGGACAAGAAAAGGAACAGUUCGGAGCGGCGUAAGGAGAGGUCUCGUGAUGCGGCACGCUGUCGUCGUAGUAAGGAGACGGAGGUGUUUUACGAGCUGGCCAAUCAGCUGCCCCUCCCAGACAGCGUCAGCUCCCACCUGGACAAAGCCUCCAUCAUGAGACUGGCCAUCAGCUUCCUGCGCACCCGCAAGGUCAUCGGUUCAGUCACAGUACGGGUUAAUCGACGUGCCCCAGCUAUUCCCGGCAUGUUGUCCAUAAAACCCUGCCCCAACAGUGCAGAGUCAGAGGAGGACAGACAGAUGGACUCUAUGUAUUUGAAGUCACUGGAGGGGUUCGUCACUGUGGUUACAUCUGAUGGCGACAUGAUCUUCCUCUCAGAAAACGUCAACAAGUUAAUGGGCUUAACACAGGUGGAGUUGACCGGACAAAGCAUCUUUGACUUCACCCACCCCUGCGACCACGACGAGAUUCGCGAGAAACUCAGUCUGAAAACCGGCACUAGAACAAAGGGGAAAGACUUCAGCACUGAGAGAGACUUCUUCAUGCGGAUGAAGUGCACAGUGACAAACCGAGGACGCACUGUCAACCUGAAAUCAGCCAGCUGGAAAGUUCUGCACUGCACGGGCCACCUCAAGGUGUACAACAGCUGCGCCCCUCAUGGGCUGUGUGGGUUCAAGGAGCCUCCUCUCACCUGCCUGGUGAUGAUGUGUGAGCCCAUCCCCCACCCCUCCAACAUUGACACACCCCUGGACAGCAAGACCUUCCUGAGCCGUCACAGCAUGGACAUGAAGUUCACCUACUGUGACAACAGAGUCACUGAGCUGAUGGGCUACAGUCCUGAAGACCUGCUGGGCUGCUCUGUCUAUGAGUUGUACCACGCCCUCGAUUCUGACAGUGUCACCAAGAGCCACCAGAACCUGUGCAGUAAAGGCCAGGCAGUGAGUGGACAGUAUCGUAUGCUGGCCAAACAUGGAGGCUACGUGUGGGUGGAGACUCAGGGCACAGUCAUCUACAACAGCCGGAAUUCCCAGCCGCAGUGCAUUGUCUGUGUCAACUAUGUCCUCAGUGACGUGGAGAACAAGUCCAUGAUCUUCUCCAUGGACCAGACUGAAUCCCUGUUCAAGCCACACAACAUGAAGAGCUUCUUCAGCCAGAGUGGUGCUGCGGUGGCCGCAGAGCCCAUGGAGAUCCUGUUCACCAAACUGAAAGAGGAGCCAGAAGACCUUGCUCAGCUGGCCCCCACACCUGGAGACGCCAUCAUCACCCUUGACUUUGGAAGGCCACCAUUUGAGGAGCCUCAUCCUCCUCUAUACCCCAAGAUGUCUCCCAUGCCCCCCCCGGCCCCUCAGGGCUUGGGUAGUGAUCCCCACAAAUCAUGCCCAGCAGGAGACAUGUCCAAACAAAUGGCUGCCACUUUCUCAGUACCCCAGAACCCCACACCGGGCAGCGCCACCCCCAGCACUGCCCCCCCUAGCCUGAGCAGUUAUUCCACGCCCAGCAGCCCAGGGGAUUACUACAAUGAGAGAGAGAAUGACCUGAAGGUAGAGCUGACUGAGAAGCUCUUUGCUCUCGACACAGAGGGGCCCAAGAGCCCUGGGAGCACCCAGUCGGCCCUGAGUGAUCUGGACCUGGAGACCCUGGCGCCCUACAUCCCCAUGGACGGAGAGGACUUCCAGCUCCAUCCCAUCAUUCCUGAGGAGGUGCCUGGAGGCCCAGAGGGGGCCACUGGCCCACUGGGCCACCUCACCACACAGAAUAGCUUCAGCAACAUCGCCAGCCUCUUCCAAAACCUGAGAUCCCCAGAGUCUGACCACUACCAGCCCGCCAAGUGGGCCCCAGGAGACAAGAGAGGCCCCAACCACAGCCAAAUGAGCCCCAUGGACUCCAGGCCUACUCUGCCAUACACAGGCCCCACACAGAUCCCCCCCUACCACGCCCCAGCCAGUACACGUCUGUCCUCCGUGGGUGGACAUCAGAACCUGCAAUGGCCCCCAGAUCCUCCGUUAAACUGUCUACUACAGGUGAACUCCAUGGGCAGAAGCCACUCAUGUCAGAACAUGCCAGUCAACAUGAUGCACAAGCAGAGGUCAAUGGAGAACUUUGUCCAGGCCUACAGAGACAUGAGUCCCACCAGAAUCGCCAUAGCCAACAACGUCAAGCGCUCCUUCACACAAAUGGCAGUGGGUGACUCCACCCUCAGUACGCCUUCAAAGAUGAUGAGGAAUGAAAGCUAUGCCAUCAUGGACAGAUCUCUCAGCACCAGCUCACUGGAAGUUAAAGGUAUGUGCAUACCUGGGGGUGUUGGCAAGUGUCUCAGUCCCCUUCAGCAGCACAGGAAGUCCCAGUAUCCAGGAUGUGUAAAUGGUACAUCCAGAAAAUUCUUCCCCAAACAGUGUUGCAACUACAAAGAAUACCGUAUGCUGCCCUCCUCCAAAACAGAGGGGGUUGCCAGUCGGCUGUUGGGCCCAUCCAUUGAGACCUAUUGUCUGCCAGAGCUCACCCGCUACGACUGUGAGGUCAACGUCCCUCUCCAAGGCAACCUGCACCUGCUGCAGGGCAGUGACCUGCUGAGGGCCCUGGACCAGGCCACCUAGACCCAGCCCUAUACACCCUACUCCCCUACCCUACCCUGGACCAGGCCACCUAGACCCAGCCCUAUACACCCUACUCCACUACCCUACCCUGGACCAGGCCACCUAGACCCAGCCCUAUACACCCUACUCCACUACCCUACCCUGGACCAGGCUACCUAGACCCAGCCCUAUACCCCCUACUCCCCUACCGUACCCUGGACCAGGCCACCUAGACCCAGCCCUAUACACCAUACUCCACUACCCUACCCUGGACCAGACCACCUAGACCCAGCCCUACACCCCCUACUCCCCUACCCUACCCUGGACCAGGCCACCUAGACCCAGCCCUACACCCCCUACUCCACUACCCUACCCUGGACCAGGCUACCUAGGCCCAGACCUAGAGCCCCUCCCAACUUUACCCUCCCCUACCCUACCUAGAUAUAUCCAUCUUCAACCCCACCUCUACCCACCCUCACCCUCAAUAGCCUUAGCCAAUACACUUUAGACCUCUCUACAACCCUGACUGAGGCCUCAGCCAAGCCCCCACCCCUGCCCCAAAGACCUAGCACAUUCAACAUACAGUUGAAGACGGAAGUUUACAUACAAUUAGGUUGGAGUCAUUAAAACUAGUUAUUCAACCACUCCACAAAUGUCUUGUUAACAAACUAUAGUUUUGGCAAGUCGGUUAGGACAUCUACUUUGUGCAUGACGCAAGUACUUUUUCCAACAAUUGUUUACAGACACAUUAUUUCACUUAGAAUUAACUGUAUCACAAUUCCAGUGGGUCAGAAGUUUACAUACACUAAGUUGACUGUGCCUUUAAACAGCUUGGAAAGUUCCAGAAAAUGAUGUCAUGGCUUUAGAAGCUUCUGAUAGGCUAGUUGACAUCAUUUGAGUCAAUUGGAAGUGUACCUGUGGAUGUAUUUCAAGGCCUACCUUCAAACUCAGUGCCUCUUUGCUUGACAUCAUGGGUAAAUCUAACGAAAUCAGCCAAGACCUAAGAAAAAACAAUUGAAGACCUCCACAAGUCUGGUUCAUCCUUGGGAGCAAUUUCCAAAAGCCUGAAGGUACCAUGUUCAUCUAUACAAAAAAUAGUAUGCAAGUAUAAACACCAUGGGACCACGCAGCCGUCAAACCGCUCAGGAAGGAGACGCUUUCUGUCUCCUAGAGAUGAACAUACUUUGGUGAGAAAAGUGCAAAUCAAUCCCAGAACAACAGCAAAGGACCUUGUGAAGAUGCUGGAGUAAACAGGUACAAAAGGAUCUAUAUCCACAGUAAAACGAGUCCUAUAUUGACAUAACCUGAAAGGCCGCUCAGCAAGGAAGAAGCCACUGCUCCAAAACCGCCAUAAAAAAAAGCCAGACUACGGUUUGCAACUGCACAAAGAUCGUACUUUUUGGAGAAAUGUCUUCUGGUCUGAUAAAACAAAAAUAAAACUGUUUGGUCAUAAUGACCAUUGUUAUGUUUGGAGGAAAAAGGGGGGACGCUGGCAAGCCAAAGAACACCAUCCCAACCGUGAAGCACGGAGGUUGGCAGCGUCAUGUUGUGGGGGUGCUUUGCUGCAGGAGGGACUGGUGCACUUCACAAAAUAGAUGGCAUCAUGAGGGAGGAAAAGUAUGUGGAUAUAUUGAAGCAACAUCACAAGACAUCAGUCAGGAAGUUAAAGCUUGGUCACAAAUGGGUCUUCCAAAUGGACAAUGACCCCAAGCAUACUUCCAAACUUGUGGCAAAAUGGCUUAAGGACAACAAAGUCAAGGUAUUGGACUGGCCAUCACAAAGCCCUGACCUCAAUCCAAUAAAAAAAUGUGUGGGCAGAACUGAAAAAGCAUGUGCGAGCAAGGAUGCCUACAAACCUGACUCAGUUACACCAGCUCUGUCAGGAGGAAUGGGCCAAAAUUCACCCAACUUAUUGUGGGAAGCUUGUGGAAGGCUACCCGAAACGUUUGACCCAAGAAAAAAAAACAUUUAAAAGCAAAACUACCAAAUACUAAUUGAGUGUAUGUAAACUUCUGACCCACUGGGAAUGUGAUGAAAGAAAUAAAAGCUGAAAGAAAUAAUUCUCUCUACUAUUAUUCUGACAUUUCACAUUAGUGAUCCUAACUAACCUAAGACAUGGAAUUUUUACUCUGAUUAGAUGUCAGGAAUUGUGAAAAACUGAGUUUAAAUGUAUUUGGCUAAGGUGUAUGUAAACUUCCGACUUCAACUGUAGUACUACUCCUCCACACCUCACCUCGCCCGACCAUACCAAGCCCCAUACGACCCUGUUCCAUCGGCUAAUCCUCCUCUUCAUCCAUCCACCCUACUGCCUCUAUGUAUCAUUAGAAAAACAUGUGUUUUCUAUUUUUGUCAACUUUAUCAUCAUAAAGUGUAUACCACAGGAGGCUGGGGAGGGGAGGAGAGGUCAUAAUAAUGGCUGGAAUGGAAAUCAUGUAAUGGUAUUAAAACACAUAGAAACCAUGUGUUUGAUGUGUCUGAUAAUUCCAUUCCAGCCAUUACUUACCAUUCUCCCCAAUUAAGGUGCCACCAGCCUCCUGUGUUAUAUACACAUCAUUUUUAGUUCUGAGUCUAUUCCUGUUUCAUUGAUCUCAAGGUCUAUGUUGUUCCCCCAGUUGUGUGAUCUGUAGCAGGGGGAUGUCAUACUUUUCCUCUUUCACCGUCUCUCCCCCUAUGUCUGUCUGUCUGUCUCUCUCCCCCUCUGUCUGUCUGUCUGUCUGUCUGUCCAUAUGGCGCUGUUACAGACAAAUUAACAAACACAACCGUCUAAAAUCUGGAUGGUACAUUAUCUACUGUAAGCAUGAUAUCUGGGGUUUUCCUUCCUUUUCCCUUACUGUCUACCUUCCUUCAAUCCCAUUGACCUAGUCUGUCUCUCACUGCCUUUGACUGGUGUCUGUUUGCAUGUUUUUCUCUGGAUAGUUACAGUGCUUGUCAGGCCAUGAAGUUGAUUGGUAAAAUCAGAGCAUGCCUUUACAUUGGGAAAAUAGUUCUACUUUUGGUGCCUUUGUUAUGGCAUUAGAGGUCAUAUCGGGAUUAGGGAGACUUUGGCCUUGAUCACAAGAGGCUGGUGAGAGGAGGACAGUGCAUAAUAAUGACUGGAAUGAAGCUAUUGGAGUGGUCAAUACCAUUCCAGCCAUUACUAUGAGUCCGUCCUCCCCAAUUAAGGUGCCACCAGCCGUCUGUGGUCUAGAUUCAAUCAUAUCAAACGUUAACUGGCUAUAGCUGACACCCGCAUAAAUCACCUGCAAAUUUUAUUGGUCACAUAAACAUAUUUAGCAGAUGUUAUUGUGGGUGUAGUGAAAUACCUGUGUUCCUAGCUCCAACAUUGCAGUAGUAUCUAACAAUUCACAACAAUACACACAAAUACAAAAGUAAAAGAAUGGAAUUAAGAAAUGUAUAAAUAUUAGGACGAGCAAUGUCGGAGUGGCAUUGACUAAAAUACAGCGGAACAUAAUACAGUAUAAAGAUAUGAAAUGAGUAAAGCAGUCUUUAAACAUGAUUCAAGUAGCCAGUGAUUCCAUGUCUAUGUAUAUAGUGCAGCAGCCUGUAAGGUGCAGGGAUGAGUAACCGGGUGGUAGCUGAUGCUUUGGCGGUGUCGGAGGGUUAACUGCGUUGGAGCUGUCAACACAGAGUGGCUGCUGGUCAUUGUCAGGAAGACCCACUCGUCCCACUCCCGUUAGAAGUUCAGAAGAAUAAAGUGUAUUAUAUAUAGAAAUAAUGAUGCUGAAAUUAUGAGGGUUUCUAUCAUCCUAUUAGUGUAGAUUACAUCUCACAUUCCAGUGUUAGAACUUGUAAACAAAGCUGCAAGGGAUUUCUCUUAAUGUGACUCCAUGCAGCCAAUGGCAACGUCCGCUUUAGGUAUAAUGACAGGAGCUGCGUGUGGAUUUGACAGCUCUAAUGCAGUUCCACCUCCAACAUCACCAGAACAACUGCUAUGCGGGUGUCGGCGAGCACAGAUCUGAUAGAGUUUAGCCCUUAGUUUAAGAGAUGAGGCUAUUGACAUUCAGGCAGUUGUUUUGAAUUCCUGCUCUUUCUUCCUGUCUCUUUCUCUUUUUUAAAGGUAUUUGUCUUUGUGUGCUAACCCCUUUAACAUUUGACUUUAGCUUUGUACACACAUAUACAGUAGAUUUAAAGACAUAAGCUCGAAAGUUUCUACUAUAAUGUCAAGAUAGUGUUUUAGUACUUUGUCUUAUCUACCCAGUAGAUACAGAUUGUAUUCCUGUGUUUUAGAUGUUACUCCAUAGUGCUGGGGUCUUUUUUUGUACAAGUAUAAUUAAUUUUUUGGCAGGCCAGUAGUGAUCUGUUAUUGCGCUUUAAAUAAAAGAAAAAAACUUGAGAGAAAAAAACAUGAAAGAUACACAGUACCAGUCAAAAGUUUGGACUCCCCUACUCAUUCAAGGGUUUUUCUGUAUUUUUAUUAUUUUCUACAUUGUAGAAUAACAUGAAGCAGGUUGAGAGAAUGCCAAGAGUGUGCAAAGCUGUCAUCAAGGCAAAGGACGGCUACAAGAAUCUAAAAUCUAUUUUGAUUUGUUUAACACUUUUUUGGUUAUUACAUCAUUCCAUAUGUGUUUCACAGUUUUAAUUUUUAUUCUACAAUGUAGAAAAUAGUUUUUUUUUAACUUGAAUGAGUAGGUGUGUCCAAACUUUUGACGGGUACUGUAUAAUUUAGAAUAUUGUAAACAAAUGAAAUUGACACAACGUAAUCUCUUUCAACAGAAUCUAAAUAGGUGAUGAUGCUUUAUGUAUAGAUAUAAAGUCAUCUCUUUCAACAGUAUCUAAAUAGGUGAUGAUGCUUUAUGUAUAGAACCAUCAUUUGUAGAGGAAUCUUUAUAUGUUUAUUGGAUCCACUUUUAUUAACACUGUAUUUUGAUGUUGUUUAUUUUUCUUGCUGACAUUGUCUUUAAAGGUGAUUUAUAGCUCCAACAGGAUUGGGAUAGUGACACAUUUGUUGUUGUUUUAGCUCUGUAAUCCAGCACUUUGGAUUUGAUAUAAUAUAUAAUAUAAUGAGGUCAAAGUGCAGACUGUCAGCUUCAAUUUGAGGGUAUUUUGAUCCAUAUUGGGUGAACCGUUUAGGAAUUACAGCACUAAUUGUGCAAAGUUACAGAUACACAAAUAUCAUACCCCCUCCAAAAUUAUAACCUCCCUUUUUAUUGUAAUGUGAGAGGUUAGCAUGUCUUGGGGGUAUGAUAUUUGUGCAUCUGGAAAUUUCCCACUAAUCAUUAUUCACAAUUAAUUCAGGACUAUUCGUAAUCAUGGUAGCAUCCACAUUAACGUAAACGUGUUUAGACACAUAUUCUAUAAUUAUUUACAAUAAAAGUGACUCCAAAAUUACACAGUACAUUAUUUAGCAUUAAUUUCUAUUGCGCACAAAAUACUCUGAAACACAACCAAAAUAAACAGCAAAUGCAUCCAACAAGUUUGUAGAGUCACAAGCUUGAUGUAAUCAAUGCAUGCUAGGAAUAUGGGACCAAAUAUUUAACUUUUGACUACUUUAAUACUGCCCAACCAAGUAAAAAGGUAGUAACUGCUCAUAGCGUGGAACUGAGAAAAAUGUAUUUUAUUUACCUUGGUUUCAAAGUAACAUUAUGCAGUUACUGCUAACAUGACCCCCAUUUUCUCCAGAACACAAUACAAUAGAGGCAGGAUACUUGUCCACAUGAUUAAGCAUGUAUUUAAUGGAGCAAAAAUGACAUUAACUCUUUGCUUGGUAGGGCAGCAUACACAUAUAAGUGAAUUUGUCCCAAAACUUUUGGUCAACUAAAAUGGGGGGGACUAUGUUCAAAAAGUGCUGUUUUCCUAAACGGUUCACCUGAUAUGGAUGAAAAUACCCUCAAAUUGAGCUAACAGUCUGCACUUUAACGUCAUAGUCAUUGUAUUAUUUUCAAAUCCAAAGUGCUGGAGUACAGAGACAGAAUAACAACAACAAAUCCACUGUCCCAACACUUUGAGCUCACUGUAAUUUGCCUUAACAUUGCCUUAAGGUUGUCUCAAUGUUGACUCAGCCCAGUGUUAUGCCCUUCAAAUGCACAGAUUGUCUCUGUAAACAUAGACGUCCAAUAAAACCCACACUAUGCAAAUCCUGAUGUUUAGCUUGGAGAGCCCCAGCUUCAGAUCCGGUAUUUUGACUAUAUGUAAUUAUGUUGAGUAUAUGUAAUUAGUCCAGUGUAGACCUCCCCUAGUUGUGAUAACGAGAUAUGUUUUGAGGAGACAAUUCUAGAAGGAUAAAGAAUCUGAUUCACUACGUCGACCUACAGAUGUGGUCAAAUAUAUUGUCACCCUUGCACUUUACAAUGGAGUGCAAUGGAGCAGAAUGUUGAAUGGCUAUUUUUACCCUGUAGGCACCUGCAACUUACCACAGGUUAAAUAAAUUACACAGUAAUCGAGAAUCAUUGCCUCCAACCAAAUUAUACUGAACAAAAAUGUAAAUGUCAAAUCAAAGAUUUUACUGAGUUACAGUUCAUAUAGGAAAUCAGUCAAUUGAAAUAAAUGAAUCAGGCCCUAAUCUAUUUAUUUCACAUGACUGGAAAUAUAGAUAUGCAUAUGUUGGUCACAGAUACCUUUUUUUUUUUUUAAGUAGGGCGUUGAUCAGAAAACCAGUCAGUAUCUUGCCUCAUGCAGCGUGACACACAUCCUUUUCAAAGUUGAAUCAGGCUGUUGGUUGUGGCCUGUGGAAUGUUGUCCCACUCCUCUUCAGUGGCUGUGUGAAGUUGUUGAAUAUUGGCAGUAACUGGAACAUGCUGUCGUACACAUCAAUCCAGAGCAUCCCAAACAUGCUCAAUAGGUGACAUGUCUGGUGACUAUGCCGGCCAUGGAAAAACUGGGACAUUUUCAGCUUACAGGAAUUGUGUACAGAUCCUUGUGAAAUGGGGCUGUGCAUUAUCAUGCUGAAACAAGAGGUGAUGGCAGCGGAUGAAUGGCACGACCAUCGUUCUCAGGAUUUAAUGUGGGUUUGGGUAGUUCAAUAAGAGGCUGUAAUGUGGUGCAGAGGGUGUUAAUCAGUGAGGGGGAUAUGUCUAUCCUACUUCGGUACAACAUAAUUUCAUUGAAAUGAGGUGGAAACAAUGUUGAUUCAACCAGUGUGCCCUCAGUGUGUGAAAACUUUAACAACCAACCGUCAAUAUCAAAUACUCAGGCACUUCCCUUGACCGCUUGGUAGCACAUGUUUUGUCAAUACCAGUGGAGGCUGCUGAGGGGAGGACGGAUCAUAAUAAUGGCUGGAAUGGCAUAAAACACAUGGAAAUCAUGUGUUUGAUGUUUUUGAUACAUUUCCACAUAUUCCGCUCCAGCCAUUACCACGUGCCCGCCUUCACCAAUUAAGGUGCCACCAACCUCCUGUGCGUCGAUACACAAAUCUCAAAAUCAAAACGGUUGAACCUCAGAUGAUUUCUGUGUUAGACUCAGUAAUAGUUACAUGUAGAGCAAUGGGUGGCAGAUACGUGUUGAAACCUUUUGAGACGUGUUGGAACAAAUGGUGAUAGAGCUAUGAGACAGAGACAGAAGUGAGACAGGGAGCUGAGGGACAGAUAGAGAGGGAAUUGUGACUGACAGAUAGAGAGGGACUGUGGUGCUGAACUGUGACUGACAGAUAGAGAGGGACUGUGGUGCUGAACUGUGACUGAUGCACUUAUCUCUCCACGCUACUUCACACAGUAUUCAGCUCAUCGCUUUCUCUCCCUCCCUCUCAGUCAUCCUCUCUCUCUUUCCCUCCCACGUUCAAUUUUAGGAUCAGCCCUGUCAAGUUUAGCUAUCCUGUCAACCUUAGAACAUUUUAGACAAGACGUUGUUUCCACUGUUAAUGGAAAUAUAGACACCGUGAGUUUCUCCAAAGACAUGAGAAAAUAAGCUCCUUGUUGUCGUUGAGCCAAAGUGAAUGGAAUGUGGAACGUUUCCUUAAAUUAGCCAUGUUCCAGAUAAAUAAACACAAGGAUGAAAUGAUGGGUGGUAUAAUUUCAUAUAUUUAUUUAUUCUCUGGGAAUGAGGAGGAGGAGUACAUACAUGAGUUACCGUGUGUGUGACAGAUAGUUAGAUCAGACCACUCCGUUAGCUGAAACAUUUCUGGUGUUGGUCCCUAUAUGCACAGAUAUGCAGUAUUUAAGUAUUUAGGUAAAAGCAAGACAAAUUCCAUGCUUUGCAAUUGUGAUUUUACACUUAUUUGAGUUAAAAUCUCUUGUUAUUACUUGAAUUUUAAGCGAUAGAAAAACCAAAGCAAGAUAAAGAUAAAGUUCUCCACCUUGCAGGCCAUGCUUCCGUUCCGGACGGAGAUGAGGCAAGGCUGAGAUGUCAGAUAGAACUGCAGAUGUGAUUUGGCCUAAAUUGAGUUCCGGUAUGUGAGAAGAGUUGGCAAGAGGGAAGUCACAAAAUAACUGCAGAAACAAGGCGUAGCACCAGUCCUAGCUGUAGCUACUGUGACACUUGAAGGGCCCAAAAACGAAAUUUAGCAAUAUGAAUAAUUGAACAAUCUCAGUUCUCAUCCUCUUUAAAGGCAAUAUCAGCAUUCUAGGCUACUAAAUACAAUGAGCGUUGUUUUUUCUGCUUUUAUCCAUUACAUUUUUACAUUUUAUGUCUUACAGUUAUUUUAGAUAAUCCUAUGAUUUAUAUAGAAUUCAUUUUAUUGUUAUUAUUUUUGUUAUUACUGUAUAGGGAAUUUAACCCAAUAAGAUGUAUUUCUGCACUGAUUUCUUAUUAAAGUGUACUGAUCUGCCA